AUGAAAGGAUGAUCGAGGAAAUAAUACCAAAAUCGUCACUUUAUCAUCCAAUAAGUUUUGCCAUAGACUCCAACAACGACCAUAUUUACUGGUCUGACAGCAGCUAUAAUGCAGUUAUCCGCUCAAAUCUUGAUGGCUUAAACGGAACUGUCAUUAUAAACGGUAGUUUUGGAGUUGGACAUCUAACUAUAGAUCAAAAGAAUAGUUUGAUUUACUUUAUGGACGAUGAAGUAGGAUCAAUAGAAAGGUGUACUUUAGAUGGAGAUGAUCAAGUGACAGUUAUCAGCGACUCUGUUAUGACGAAAAAGUCACGAAUAUCACUGGAUUUUGAUGGCGGGAGAAUUCUCUGGUCAGUACGAAACGUGAUAAGGUCUGCAUUUUUUAACGGAAGUGACGUGCAGGAAAUUAAAGGAUAUGGCUACAGUUACUCUUGGUAUUCAAUAAAUGGCCUUGCUGUUCACAAUGACAAUCUGUACUAUACAGAUAACUGGGGUAGAUAUGUAAAUAAAGUUGAUAGAUCUGGAAGUAAUUUCGCUAGAGCAGCUCGUGUACAUAAUAGGAUAAACGACUUGAAAAUCUAUCAUGGUAGAGUUAUAAAGGACCCAUGUGUUACGCACACAAGAUUAGAGAAUGCCGAAAAACGUUCAACUGGAUUUUUAGCUGAUUGGACAUCAGAAGAAUCAAUUAGUGACGACAUGUUGAAAGAAGGCUGGUAUAGAAUUUUCAGUGAAAAUGGUGAUGAUAUGCCUACCACACAGCUGCCUGGAACAAAGUUUUGUGGAACAGCAAACCCCUUUUGGUUGAAUGGGACUUUGCCAACGUUUAAGGACGGAAAUAUGACUGUACAAGUGUGCAUGCAGACGAGCCAAAAUAUUUGCGAAGAGUCAGUUAAUAUUAUGAUAAGGAACUGCGACGGUUACAAUGUAUAUUAUCUGCUACCAACACCCGCGAAUUCAGCAUAUUGUUUCGGAAGUGGACCGGUGCACUGUCCAGGUACUAUGUCUUCAGAAACGGAAUAUUAUCCAGGCUGUAGUUCUAAUUAUCCAACAGACACCGUACAUGUGGAGGUUGAAGCUCUUUUAACAGAAGGCGAAAUUAUUCCAAUACCAUUCGUAGAUCCAACGCCUAGCUUAAUUCCCAUUUUUAAGUGUCAAUUUGAAGACCAGUCCAGCGGUUCUUAUGCCUACGACGUUUACUGGUUGAUAUGUGGAAAUGUAAUCAAAUACAACACUAACUUGUUGUUCAAAGAUAUUGAAGAUGCCACUAAUCUCAAGGAAACGGAUUGGCAUGAUAAAUACAAGAUGAAUAUGGAGGUAAAAUGCGCUAUCAGAAUGAGAAAUUCUAGAGGGUCAACACCAGGUCCAUACCUGUAUACCAGUAUCUUUCGCGCAGGAUUGUAUUCUGAUAGAACUCAUUUCACAGUAACUGAAGGAGAAUCUAUCAAUAUUACCUUUACAUCAACAGUUCCUGUGGGAUGUAUUUCAUCACAUCCAGUUUUUAGAUCUCAGUGUGAUCUCAACUUUUACUUAUCGCAACCUUCUUAUAGCGCGUCAACCUGCAUUAAUAACGUGAUUAAAAGAGAUAUUGUAUUCAAAACUGAAUUUUGUGGUAUCAAAGUAGGAAAUCUUGACUGGAUGGACAAGAGAACCGUACAGGUGUAUGGAUAUAAUGAUGGAAUGUAUAAUAUAAACAAUAGAUAUGCAUACCUAAGACUAUUUACGUCAUCUAAAUAUAUUUCGACACAAAAUAAUAUCUGGAGAGAUGUGCAAAUAAACCAAAUAACGGUAAAAGUAGUAGAUAAAGAUUCUGUUCUGAAAAACAGAUUAUGUCAGUCUUACAACGAUCCACAUUUCAGGACAUUUGAUGGACUAUACUAUGAUUAUAUGGGAGUCGGAGAAUUUGUUAUGUACAGAAAUGAUAUUGGUCCUUAUUGGGUACAUGCAUUAUUUACAAGUUGUGGUUCCAGAUUUCCCGGUACUUCAUGUAUAUGUGGAAUAGCAAUACGGAGCAAAGAGUCAUUAUUUGUUCUACGUACAUGUGAAAAGAUUUCAAGAACAGGAAAAUAUUUGCUUCAGCAACCUGUUGUAUCGCUGACAUAUUGCGACAAGCCAGAUAUGGUUAUCGAACACACUAAUAAUAAUUACAAGAUUAUUUUGCCAAUUGCAACAGAAAUACAAUUUUCAAUAGCAAGGCGAUUUAUAAGCGUAAUUUCUAUAAAGCCGGCUGUGAAAGAUAUCAAUACUGCAAAAGGUCUGUGUGGAGUUCCUAGUACAUCAGAAGAUCCAUCAGAUGACUUCACUCACCGUGAAUAUGGACCGAUCAAUGAUGGUCAGAUCUUUGCAGAUUCUUGGAGGAUAUCAUCAGAAAUGGUUAAUGAACAACUGUUUAAUGAAGAGCCGGAAUUUCUCAAAACAGACAACGAUGCGAAUAAUCCGAUUGUAAUUGUUGACAACCCUGAUUUAGCAACAUAUUGUUCAUGUGACCAUCCAUAUUGGAGUACCGACCAACUAGAUGACGUUAACAGUGUUAAAUGUAAUUUAACAGAAAGCACUGAGCAAUGUUCAGAGCCAUCAAAUGCAUUCGAUUCAUUUGUUCGAUACGAUUCUUGCUUUCAGCCUCUGCCCCAGCCUCAACGAAGAAGACGAUCCGUCAAUUUCCCUCAUAAACUAAGUAAACGCAGUUUAAAUAAAAAUGAUGACGAAUUAGACUUCAAGCCAUUGACAUACAGUGAUUACGUAAAUGAGACGCAUAUUGAGCCACCAGCAACUUUUCGAAAUGGUUGGACGUAUGAUGGAGCAUAUACCAUAUGUUUUAACAGCAUUAACGACGCGUUACAGAAUGAUAUGUACAAGGAUUAUGUUGAUGUACCUGUCGAAAAGUUCAUAGAAGCGUGUGUAAAGGAUAUAGAAGUCGCAGGCGAUACAAUGUUUGUAACAGACACAGUUAAUGCCAUGGUAACGAGCAUUUUGACAGAGCUAGUAAAAACUGAAUUACUGUAUACUAAAAAAUCUGCUGAUGGAUCACAAACAUUGUUAGAAUAUUUUGCAAGUGGAUUAUGUCUGAACAACUGCAGUGAUAACGGAAUAUGUAAAUCAGGUGUGUGUAGUUGUGAAAGCGGACACGUGGGUGAGGAUUGCUCUUAUAACACUUCGUCGCCACCGACUGGUAUCAGCCUUCCUUUUAAUGGUGAAUGUAAACUCACAGCUCGUUUAUGUGAAGCAAUUAAUGUAUUUGGAGAAUUUGUAUCAAGUUCUGUAUGGUGUAAGCGACGACAUUUUCAGAUUUUAGAAAAUGAUCUGCUGUACACACCAAGUGAUGAACUUGUUUUAGCUGAAUACAGAAACCCAUUCAUGUUAACUUUAAAUCUGCCGGCGUCAAGGAAGAAGAUAUCAGUAAACAACGCAGUUUUGUCAGAAGGUUACGACAUCAGCUUUUCCUAUGAUGGUCAGAAUUUUGGGGAGGAAACCAGUAUCUUAAUUUACGAUGAUUUCAAGUAUUCAUGUAAUACAACGACAAAAACGUGCAUAUCGUUGAUUGUGGACGAAUCAGCAGAUGAGACAAAUACCAAAACAAAUGUCAUUAUGAUUUUGGUACCAGUUGCAGUAUCAGGAGUCGUUAUCAUUGCGAUAAUAGGUGUAGUUUGUUUCAAGUUGAUGACCAAAGCGUCAAAAGCAAAAAUUGCUUCUUAUGGAGAUGAACCUGAUCAAAAGACCACGUCAUCAGAAAAUUGGAUAGGAAGAGAAAAUACUGUUAGCGAACUUGAAUUUAAUUUGGAAGAGACCACAGAUGUGGAUGUUUUCGCAAUGCAGUAUGCUCCGCGAAAGGAGAAUAUUGAUGUGUGGAACGGCGGAUUUAAGACUUCUAAAUAGCGAGUUAUCUAAUCUACAUGUAUUUGAACGUCAUCAAAUGAGAUAGUAUGUGCUUUCAUACAUUUAAUAAAAUUACCGGUACCAAUUUUCUUGCACCAGAUGCGCAUUUCGACAAUACAUGUCUCUUCAGUGAUGCUCGUGGCCAAAAUAUUUGAAAUCCACAGCUUAUAUAAAAGAUGAAGAGCUAAUAUCCAAAAGGUCCAAAAAGUAUAGCCAAAUCCCUGAAAGGAAUCAGAGCUUUGCA